ACUAGGACUCCAUGAUUGUCGCCGAUGGUCUUCGCAAGGCAAUAAUGGAGCAAUUACAAUUACCUUAUAGCGCUCGUUGUGGUGCCAGAUCAGCCUCUACCUUGCCACCAGUGCCUUUCAAUUUGAACGGCACUGGCGGCAGUUUAUGGAAGUCCAAGACUUUUCGCUUAAGAUUCGUUUCCCAAAUAAUCUCCCAAUCAUGCCCAUAAUUUCUGACGGUUGAUGACCAUCACACGACCAGUCCAAAUUGCGAUUUUUUACCACACUUGAACCGAAGCCAUGGCGAGCCCCCAGCUGAUCACGGAGAUGGAGACGAAGUACCCGAAUCUGAGCGUGCUACGAUAUCGCGCGCUGGCUCCGCUGCAGAUCAAACUGCGCGACGAGAAGACGACGCCGACUGAGUUCAAAUUCUACGCCGACCGCCUCAUGCGGAUCCUGGCCGAGGAGGGAUUGGCAGCUUGCGCGAACAAGACGGAGACGGUGGUGACCCCCACAGGCGACUCUUUCACGGGCCUCGUGCCAGCCGAGAAGGUCUGCGCUGUGUCCAUCAUCCGAGCAGGAGACAGUUUGCUGCAAUCCAUUAUUGAGUGCGAUCCUACGGUCUCCGUGGGCAAGAUCCUGAUCCAGCGUGACGAAAAGUCCGAGGACAAGCACCCGAUCAUGUAUUAUUCCAAGCUCCCACCCAACAUAAAGGAGCUGGACAACGUACUGCUGGUUGACCCCAUGCUGGCCACUGGAGGCAGCGUCAACAUGGCGAUCAAGACUUUGAUUGACGCUGGUGUGGAGCAGAAGAAGAUUACAUUCCUGAACGUCAUUUCGUGCCCUGAGGGUCUUGCUUCACUGUUCAGCGCGUUCCCAGGUAUCCAAUUUCUGUUCGUUAAUACCUUGUUGUGCAAGUUGCUAAUAUGCGGCUGUGUGUUCUUCUAUCUACAGACGUGAAGGUUGUGACUGCCGGCCUGGACAUUGGAUUGAAUGCCAGCAAAUAUAUUCUGCCUGGUCUCGGCGACUAUGGCGACCGCUACUACAACACGGUUUAAUCAAGGGAGAGUAUUCGAAACUGGUAUAGACAGUAGUAACGUAGACAAUCUGGUAGUUGCGGUAGCGUCAGCGUCGCGCGCAUGUGGUUAUCUCGCUCGGUAGCCAGCGGGCGUCUACCCGUAAGAUAGCUCUUGUCAGUAUGCUCGCUUGAAUGGUGUGAACUCUUCCGUUGCCGUGCAUGUGUAGCGAACCUUUACUUAAGCGUGACGUUUGACUGAUCUCAGAGAGGGAUGCAUUCCAUUCGCAAUGCUGAACCUACCGGUAACGAUGCUUCGUCAAUUCGUUGUGAACUUUUGCUUGGAAAUGGACCUACCUUGUUGGCAAAACACAGUCGUCACCAGGAAACGGG